AUGGCACCCCGCACACACACAGCACCAGCAGCACCCAAGCCACCAGCGGUAGUAGGCGCGAAAGUCAAGACAGUCGGAGGACCAAAAAGGGGCCGUUUAGCAAAGAGCACUCGACUGUAUUAUAGAACCGCGAAACUGGCCUCGCCGACCCUGAGCCUAGAAACAGUCAACCGACAGCAGUGGAUCAUGGACGAGCAGAUCAGUUCUAUUCCACUAGCCAUGCAGGGUAGGCUGAUUGCAUCUUGUCAUGUUGAGUUCCUAGAUGAACAUGGAGGCGCUGUCGAUAACCAUGUUAACUUCAGGCUCAUGUUCGUUAACCCACAGACCGAAGGCUCACGAUACGCACCAGCUGGCACCCUGGGUGUUACAAUGGGAUUCCGAGAAAUUGGUACUGCAGCUCGACCGAAUCGCGCUGUACUGUGGGGCGAAAGCAUUACUGCCGCUGGUCCGCACCUAAACUCUAUGCGCUCUAUUGCAGUGCCCGUAGCCCCUGGCACGAGACUCAGAAGCCUUUUACGUCAGGUGAGGGUUCAGGACAUGUUACCAGCUGAUUACACUCCCGUUGCGGGGGGAACUACCAUUGGCAGUCGAGACAUGAUGUCUCAGUGGCUGAGCCACUGUGCUGGCGCAGGAAUUUUGGUGCCUCCUCCUGCUGUAAUUGGAGGACCAGUCGGCGUCUGGAACGAUUUCAACUACGUUUGGCUUCGACCGCGUCUAGCUGGAGAACCACCUUUCCCGGUAGCACCGGCACAUGUCAACGGACCACCACCUCCUCCAGUACCCGCACCAGUGCCUGGAAACCCUGCACCAAUUGCUAUCCCUGUUGGAAACGCUACUUACCUGCAUCCUCUGUACCCCUACCCUGCGAUUCCCGUACUUAACUACUGA